AUGCCAUCCCAAGACAGGGACGUUCCCCGUGAUCGGGAAUUGGUCAGGCACCCGAUGACAAUGUCCGAUUCCAAAGUUCCAAUGUGGGACAGUUCGGAUCCUGAGCGCGCACCGCCACCGCUGCCAAUGAAUCCUCGUUCAAUGAGCCCGAUGAGCCCUGGCGCAACAAGAUCCAAUGUUUCUCCCAAUAUUCAAGCGGUUGCCGCAAAAUUCACAGAGCGGCCCAGCGAAAAUGCGCCCAGCUCUUAUACAACAAAUCCUAUGCCACCCAAGGCUUCAUCGCCCGAGAGAUCGUUGGUGAAGGGCCAGCACAAACGCAUGCAAUCACUCCAGCCUGAAGAUACCCGACAAGACGCGCGAUCCGAGUUCAUGAACUAUCUCGAGAAUCGGUCACCAGAAAGGCCUCUUCGCGCAACAAUUGUCGACCCAACGAAAUCACGGGAUCCAAGCAAGUCUACCAGCUCGCCUGCGCUCCGUCAAGAUACAGAGCGCGACAUGAGCUACUCGUUAUCGAGUCGAUAUCUCUCCAAACCCAUCUUAGGAGAAAGCACUCCGCCAUCAGCUACCAUGUUAGCUCUUCAGAACAUGCAAAUUCCUAUAGACGCCGACCCACCUUCUCCUUCUAAACCCCCGAAAAUGAUUACAGCACCAAUGGAACCCCGACCUUCGAGCCCCAAGACUGCGAGCAUGGACUCCCUUUCGACCCAAAUUCACAGUCUGACCGAUAUUGCAAGCAGCUUGCAACGUGAAAUGAUGAACCUGAGCCGGCGUAGCAAGGACAACGCUACCGACCUGGUAAGCCUCAAGGCCGCAACCAACGCCCGAGAUGAGGACAUUCGCAAAAGUCUCAAAGAUCUGUCCUCUCAUCUAAAAACCAAGUAUUUGGAUACCGAUGCUGCAAGGUUUGAUUUCAGUACUCUCUUCAAGUCUGGAGAUGGGUCUAACCCUAAGGAUGCGGAUAGUUCUCCCCAGUCCAAGAGAAGCUACUCUGUGCCUCGCAUGCCUAGCCCUAACCCCUUCGCCUUUGAUCGUGACUCAUGCGUGUCACCUUCACCGAUCUCCGAUGGCUCCGCUGCCCUGGCCUUGCUCGAGAAGGUAUUGCGUGAAAUGGCAACCAAAGAAGGUGAGGAACGACUUUUAGAGCUUGUGGAAGAAAUCAAAUCCCGCCCCGCUGCAAGCCCCUCGGACAAGGAUGCCGAUACCAAAGUUACCGCCAUGCUCGAGGAGAUUCUUAACCUCGUUAAGGAAGACCCUUCGGGUAAAGCCCUUGUGCGAUCUAGAGGCAUCACGGAUAACCUCGAUAGCCUCGAACCUGAAGAUGCCCACCCCGAGGGCACACGUUCUCGGUCAAUGGGAUCUAUGAAUCCGGAUGUUGUACGUGCACUCGAUCUUUCUAAGACUGAUAAGGUCGAUGGCUCUACACCCAACCCCGACGAAGUUUUGGCAAUCCUCCACAGUGUCAAGAACAGCGUCGUCGAAGGAGGUGGUAUGACCAACGGCGUCAAGAGCCUUGUCCGUGAAUUACGAGGUGAGGUUCUAGGCAUGGGUCGAGAACUUGGUCGACGCCUCGACGAUAUCGAAUCUACUCGUGCCAACGAUCAAGCUGAGGACCAACCGCGACCUGCUGGACCAGAAGAAAUCUCGGCUAUUGUCAACCGCAGUCUUGACGAUCUCAAAGAGCAGCUGGCUGCCACUAUCAACGAGAGUCGCCAACAAUCCUCUGACCUGUCCGAGUUCAGAUCAACCAUGAACAGCGCCGCUAUCUACUCUGUUGUGAAGAAAGCUCUCGACGAGCUUGAACUACCCCAGCCCCAUGCCGAGCCCCGAGGUGCCGAAAUGGACAGAGAAGACAUUCUCGAGACAGUGCGUGAGGCAUGGGAAACAUACAAGCCAGAGAUCGAAUUCAACAAUUUUGGCUUGGAGCGUGACGAAAUUCUCACUUGUCUGGAAGAAGGUUUCAAGUCUCAUCAGCCUCAGCACGAAUCUGUUACCUACGAUCAAGUCCUUGCAGCCGUUGAAGACGGCAUGCAAAAGUUUAUCCCGCCACAAAUUGAACAGGCACCUGGUAUCUCCCGAGACGAAGUCAUCCUGGCCAUUCGGGAAUGUCUGGAGAACCAGCCGGAGCCUACUUCUCGUGGUCUCGAUGAGGAACAACAUGUCAACCACCUCAAUUCCAUGCGUGAUCAGAUUCUCGAGUCGGUGGCUAGCAGCUUGGCUACCCACAGCGCAAACGCCAGGGGCCUGGGUGAAGAUGAUGUUAACCACCUGUACGCCAUUCGUGACGAGAUUAUGGACGCUGUGACUGGACUCAACGAAGGCUCCAAGUCGCUGGACGAGACACACCUCCACUCUAUCCGUGAUGAGAUCAUUGACGCUGUUACUGGAGUGAUGACUGCCCAGAACACAAGUUAUCGAUCUAUGGACGAGGAACAUGUCAACCAUCUGACUUCCCUUCGUGAUGAAAUCCUUGAAGCAGUUAAUGGCGCCAUGGCUCUUCACAAUGAGUCCCCUCGGUCUGUCAACGAGGACCAGGACCAUAUUGGACAUCUGAAUUCCAUUCGUGAUGAAAUCCUUGGAGCGUUGGCUGGUUCAAUGGCUCAAAGCACACUUAGCAAGGAUUCUCUUGAUUCUGGACUUGGCCGUGAUGAGAUUGUCAGCGCCGUCUCUGAUGGUCUUGAGGCCCACUUCACUGCAGCCAAGGAGAUGGAUGAGCCACAUAUUUCCAGACACGAUGUCAUGAAUGCCGUCAAUGAAGCCUUCGAUGCGCAGCAGUCUGCCCUGAGUGUUGCUCCUCAAGUGAAUGUCUCUCGCGAAGAAAUCAUGAACGCCAUUGCAGAGGGGAUUGAGGCUUCAAUCAACGCCCAGCAGUCAGCCCUUAGCACCAAUGUGCAGCAAACCGUCUCUCGUGAGGAGAUUUUCACCGCUAUCGUGGAUGCCAUCGAGCACUCGCAAGCCUCUGCCAGCAACAAUGGUCAGCCUGGCAUCACCAGAGAUGACAUCCUAGGAGCCAUUGUGGAUGGCAUGGAACAUUCGGCAACCUCCAAGGAACCGAGCAUUUCCCGAGACGAGAUUCUGAACGCCAUUGCCGAUGGGAUCCAAAACUCCAACGGUGGCACUGAACGAGCUCUUACCUUGGCUGGUUCUGAGCACGAGGAUGAGAAGCCUGCUCCCAUCUCUCGCGAGGAGAUUUUCAAUGCAAUUAUCGAUGGCAUUGAACAUUCCCAAUCCUCUCUUAACAAGAGUGUCGAGCCCAAUAUCUCUCGCAGUGAUAUCCUCAAUGCAAUUGUAGAAGGCAUCGAGCACUCUUCUAGUCUUCAACAGUCAAGCAUUUCACGUGAGGAUAUUAUCAGUGCCAUCGCAGAAGGUAUUGAGAGUUCGAACACCAGCCAACAGUCUGCUCUGGCCACUGUCCCUGAACCGCCUAUCUCGCGCGAAGAAAUCUUGAGCGCAAUCGCCGAAGGUAUCCAAAACGGCAACUCAGUCACCCGAGAGAUCGAAUUGAACAAGGAUGAUCUUAUGGAUGCGAUCACUGCUGGUCUCCAGGAGGCAAACAGCUCCGCAACCAGCAAUGUUGGCGGCGAGGUGAUGGAACGUCUCCAGGAACUACUCGAAGGCAUGAAGGAGGAGUUCAAGCAGUACUCUGCUGCCAACGGAAGAGAUACAGAACAAGUCCUUGAUGCCGUCAAGGAUGGCCUCGACGUCGUCCGCAGGGAAAUCGAGUCGUAUGUCGUUACAGCUGCCGAACUUUCAGGCAAAGACGAAGUCAUCGACACGGUCAAGGAAGGGUUCCGCCUUCUCCAGGCAGAUAUGGAGAAGACAAUCACCGACACUUCUCUUUCCAAUGGUUCAAAAGGUAACCCUGACACACCUGAGCUUUUGGAUGCCAUGGAGAAAGAGUUCGAACAUUUGCGAGGCACAAUUACUACACUGCUCCUACGUGAAAACGCCACUGCAGACAAAGACGAGAUCAUCGACGCUAUCAAGGAAGCCUCUGAACAUAACAAGGGCAGCUCCGGCGAUGAUGAAGUGGUUAACACCAUCAAGCAAGAAUUUGAGAGCCUUCGAGAGCGCAUGGACUCCAGUGUCAUUCGGGCUGAGCCAGGCGCUGAAAAGGACGAGAUUAUUUCGGCCCUCCGUGAGCACUUCGAUAACCUACGCGAAGAGACCUCGCGCAAUGGUAAUGAAAGCACAUUGUCCACCACCAGCGAACUCCUUGACGCAUUUACCGACGGCGUUGACUCAAUCCGGGAUGACUUAAAGAAGCUGCUCGAGAAGCCGGCUGAGUUCGACAGCUCUGAAAUUCUGGAGACCAUCAAAGAUGGCCUUGCUGAUCUGAAACUCGACAUGGAGAACCUCCGCGAGUCCCAGAAGGAGCCCGAAGAGGGUACCCGCGGCGGGGAACUCAUGCUCGCGAACGAGACUCCCUCUGCUGAACCGGAGAAUACCCUUGUUCCGGAUAUUGAUGGUCUCAAAGCGCUGAUCACCCAGCUUCAAGACAAGAUUGAGGCCAUUGAAUCGACUCCUCGUGCUGCAGAGCCCGUCGAGGAUGCCCUGAAGAGAUCGCAUCUGGACGAAGUUCUCAUGGCUCUUCAAGAGGUUCAGCUUGCUAUUGGUGAGAUGGGUGCUCAAAGGAACCCAGAGGACGACAAUACAGCCAAGAAGCAAGACACCGAAGCCCUUGAGCAGUUGCUCAUGAGCACUAAGGCCCAGAUUGAUGAGCUGGUGUUCCCCUCGCUGGACGAAGUCGCAACUUCCGAGCAGAUCGGCACUCUAGAGACCAUGAUUCGAGAAGCCAAGGACUCCAUCGCCGAGUUCUCUGGACGCGUGGAAGCCGAAGCACCCACCAAGACUGAGAUUGGUACUCUAGAGGGUCUCAUAAAGGAUGUCUGGGUCGUCCUGGACGAGCUCAAAAGCAAGACUAAGGACGGGGAAGAAGAGGAGAAUCCCGAAAAGCUAAUGAAGUCGGAUCUCCAAACAGUCGAAGCUAUGAUCUUCGAGGUCAAGACCCAGGUUGACGAGCUGAAGCUCCCCGAUGUCGAGACCCUUCCUACCAAAGCUGAAAUCCAGGAGCUUUCAACUAUUGUUUACGACUUCCGCGAGAAGAUGGAGGCAAACAACGAGUUGACUGCCCAAGGAUUCGAUGCUCGCAAGAUCGAGCAUGGUGGCCUUGCCGAGAAGAUCGAUGACAAGAUCGAGGAGGCUAAAUUUGUUGUCGGCGAGCUUGGAGAUGAGCUCAGAAGCAAGCUUGACGGCAGCAGCGAAGGCCUGGGUGAACUCAAGCAACUGCUCGAGGGGCUCGCAGUCACUGCCGAGAAUUUCAGCACCGUCGACAACAUUAAGGAACUGAACGAGCUCAUAAACCGUGAAUUCGAACGUGCUCGCGGUGAAGAGGACGCAGGCAAACUUGACAAGGAGGAGCGCGACGCUGCUGCCCUCGUGAAACAUGACGAGACACGGGCAGCUAUCAUUGUCGAACUUGGAGCCAAGAUCGAUGAGAAGAUUACAGAAGUGUUGGCCAAAUACGAAGAUGCUCACACCUCGCUCCAUUCCAAGUUCUCUGAAACCGAGGAGCGAGACCUAGCACACACUGAAUCAUUGACGAGCACCAAGAGCCUCGCUGAGGACAUUAGGCUGGUCAUCGGUUCUAUGGGUGACACUGUCAAUGAGACCUGCGAGCGCAUGAGUGAGGAAACCAAAACCCUCCUUGAGCGUGUUGAUGAAUCUCGCCAGCAAAUGGAGGAGAUGCACAACGACGUUAAAUCUCACCGCGAGCAGUCUCAGGCUGAUUCUGAGAAGGCUGUUGCUGCCACCGACCGAGUGGAGAGUAAGCUUCUCGAGUUCCACCCCCAAAUUCUGGAGAGUGUGCAGGAGAUCCUGUCAAUUGUCAACCAGCACUACGAGCACUCGCAGAAGUCGGCCGAAGAGUUCAAGUCAGAGCUGUCGGCUCUGCCUGCCAACAUCCCCCAGAUGCUCCCUGCGCUUCCCCCGGCCGAGCCUGAGCCUGAGCCAGAGGAGGCAAGCCGUACGCUUGCCAUUGAGGAUACUCCUGUCCAUAGCAAGCUAGACGAUCUUUUGGAGCAUGCUAGAAAUAGCCAGGUUCAUGAUAUCCUGAAGACUUUGCUCGAGCACUCCAAGAAUGAAGAUGUUCAUGAAAAGUUGGACAGGGCUCUGCUUCAGCCCUCAAAGGAUGAUGAGCUCCAUGAGAAACUCGACCGGGCCUUGCUUCAGCCGACAAAGGACGACGAGCUGCAUGAGAAACUUGAUCGGGCUUUGUCCGAUAGCUCCAAGAAUGAUGAGCUCCACGAAAAGCUUGACCGUGCUCUGAAUCAAGGGUCGGAGUCUAAUGAUCAAAUAUAUGAAAAGCUCAACCAGCUUUUAGAUCAUGCCACGAAUGGCUCUGGCCCUGUGCACGAAAAGCUGGAUGCUCUUCUCAGCCGUCCCACGACUGCCGCAGCGGAUCCCGAACAAUCAGUUACACAGAUGAUGAAGCUUGAUGAGAUGCACAAGGACAUUAUGGAGAACGCUCGUCGGAUGAACGAGAUGUUCGCAGCUCAGUCAGUAAUUGUCGCUGAAGAUACCGAGAGAAAGCGUCGUGAAGCCGAGGAGGCUGGUAUCGCUUUGGAGCGGAGAGUUGCACAGCGCGAGCAAGUUGAAGCCGAGAUUGUUGGCUUGAGCGAAGAAAAAGAUUCUAUGCUAAAUAUGAUCCACCGUUUGAGAGCGGAGAAGGAAGAUAUGAUCAAGCAGAGCAACAAAAUGAGCAAGGAUCUGGCUGGUCUUGAGACAGCUCUCGAGAUUCGCCAUGAAGAAAUGCGACAGAUGGAGGAUCGUGCCGACGGCCUCGAGAAGCGCAUUUUGGAAGGUGUCCUCGACCAUGCCCGCACAGUCCUUCUCAGCCGAUCCAACAGCUUGCAGGCCAUGAAUCUGAAGAGGAACCGAAGCACUCGCAGCAACCGUACUUCUCGCUCAGGUGCCCGCAGCCCCAGUGCCACUAGCACCGCCAGUACCGCCAAGGAUAACAAGGAAACCCGCAGUCUCCUUGGAAAUGGUGUUGGCAUUGCUCUGAAGCGCAGAAUGCCCACUUCCCUCCAGGCAGGAACAGUUGCUGUCCAGCCCAACAUUGGAAAGGAACGUCGCAUUCUCAGCUUGAGUCAUGUCACAGGCAACCGUGGGGCGGACCGCCAGGUCAGUUCCAACACCGGCAUUACAAACCUGAAGCGCAGCCAUUCGGUCAAGUCAAACGCCCUUCGCAACACUUCCUGGGCUGGUCGAUCCUCUGUUACCAACAAAGAGAACGAGCCUUUCCAUGAGGAGGAUGAGCUUGCCAGUGAAGCUGAGAACGAUGCUGACUCUCAGCGCAAGACGAGCUAUGCUGGAAGCGAACGGAGGACCAGUUAUGCCGAGAGCAACGCUCUCACCGACCGGAAAUCAAGCUAUGCCCCUAGCAAUGCUCCUUCGGACCGGAAGACCAGCUAUGCGGAAAGCAAUGCCGGCACUGAACAGGAUACAGUCUACGCAGAGAGCAAUGCCGGUGCGGAGAGAAAGCCAAGCUAUGCCGGCAGCAUUGUUGAGAGUGUAGUGACCGAUGCUACCGAUCCCCGUCGUGUCAGUGGUGUGACCUCCAACAAUGACUACGACGACGCGGAGAGCUCGGUUAUCCAGCAUGACCAGGAGGACCGGGAUGAUGAUAUUUCCAUCGAUGGGUCAGAGUCAGAAGACGAUGCGCAGACUGCGCAUGGGGAUGAACAUUCUGUGAAUGGAGACCACGAAGAGGAUGUCUCCCGGCAAAUCAGGGAGGCUAAUUUGGCUGCGGAGGCAGAAGUCUUGAAGCUAUUGGCCCCACCUAGCGACAGCGGUCUUGGUACUGAUGUCGCCGUUUAA